GUUGCGACCCCGCCGGAGGUGAUGCCCGAGUCUUUCGAGAUCAUCGAGACGGUGGGUAUGGAUGCGAAGAGUCUCAAGUUCCUGGACAAUGUGAACGACAAGGUUGAGGUCGUCUUGCAGUGGAUCCAGCGGCUCAUUGUGGAGAACCACAAAAACGGUGUGGUGCCUGUGGCACCUCCGAUACUUUCCCGAGUCUUCCAAGAGUACUCGCGAGGAAUCGUCAACCUGAACAAUGCGAGAAAGAUCGCUGAGUUCCCCUUCCCUUUUCCUUUGGUCCAGUGCAUUACCUUCAUGCUCGGAAUACACUGGUUCCUCAUACCCAUCAUCUGCGCGAGCAGUAUUAAGUCGCUGUGGUGGGCCGGCACAUUGACGUUCGUUGUCGUUUUCUCCUUCUGGUGCAUCCACUUCUUCUCCUUCGAACUGGAAAUGCCAUUCGGGAGGAGUACGAACCACUUGCCCCUAGAGGACAUGCAGGUUGACAUGAACGAGAGCUUGUUGACUUUGAUGCACAAGCACGCGCAGUUUCCGCCGGACUUUGAAUGCAUCAACUGCUUUGCCAUCCCAGGGACGACGACUGGGAACUUCAAAAACGAUGGCACCAUGGAUGUCAGCGGCAGCCAACCACAGGACAAGAAGGCUUCGGCGAGCCCAGCGCAACAGAAGGAGGAUGGCUUCCAUGAAGUCGUCUCUUCGAGCCCUUCCGUCGAGGACUCAAAGCCUAGCAAGGCCCGGCGGAGACCCGCUGCUUCCACAGGUACGGGAGGCUGCCUCGAAAUGUUGGGAGCUAAAGAGCUCCUGGGCUGGGGCUACGAGACCUACCCACGCCAGGGAGGGCGUGCUGAUCGGAAUAGAUCAAGGUCAUCUUCGCCUUCUGAAGACGGACCUAAAGGUGAGGUGAACAACGAGGACCUUCCACGCAAGAAGGGGACUCGUGCCGAGGAGCGGGCAAGAAGAGCCGCCGCAAGACAAGAGCAGGAACGCUUUCGACGACAGGCCUCCGGGGACGUCUCGAAAGGACCAGGACGGGAAAGAUCAGGGAGCAAGGAUCUAACGGAUCUGGCAGGCCGCGGUAACAAAGACACACUGGAAGGUGUGGUGGUGCCGCGCGACAGAAGAUCCAAGGGGCUGCGGGACGCCGGCCGUGACGCGCCGGAAAGCAAUGGUCCUCCUGGAUGA